AUGACGGCGGCGGCGGGGCGCGAGCCCGUAACGGGAGCACGCCCUGGCCCUGCCUGCGGUGCCUCGUCAGCGGGGGCAGAACCGCUACCGGCGGGGCAGGCAGCAGCGGAGCAGCCCCGGGCACGGGGACAGGCUCCCCCGGUGCCCGCUUUCCCCGGCUGCGCGCGCGGGGACAGGGCCGAGCGGGCAGCCCCGGGACAGCCCCGCGCCCCGCCCCGCCGGCACGUCACGGGAUUCCAGCGCGUUUCCUCCAAUGGCGCCGCGGCGCCCCCGACCCGGCCGCGUUCCGGUGCCGCCGCCCGCCGCGGCCUGGGGCGGCGAUGGUGGAUGCAGGGAGGCGCUCCCCGGCGGUCACCUCACUGCGUCCCUCCGGGGGAGCCGGCUGCGGAGCGCUCCCGAGCGUGGCCGGCGUGGAAGCCAUCUCUCAUCAACUCACCGCCAGGUCAGAGGUUUGGUUAGCCCCAAGCAAAUUGCUCUGCUCGCAUGGGUGAACUCUGUCUGCUGCUGGAGGUAGCUUGGAUGUCUCUGCACAGAACUGUGUUACAUCAUCAGCCCUAAUAAAGGCUUUGCAAAUCAAA